GUACCGUCGCGUGUUCCUCUUGCGAUCGAAGUCGCAACGCACCACAACAAACAGUGAUAACCACGCUACAAAACCAUCAUGGCUGAAGCCAGGCUCGCGGUGGCCUUACAGUUCCAAGUCACAGAUGAAGGAAUUGUAUUACACUUUGAUAGCAGUGCUUUUAAGUUUGUUUUUCGAGCGAUCACUAAGACCGUCAAGCGAAAGCUGAAAGAGUUCAAGACGGCCAUUUUGAAGCGAUCUUACCCGGCGACCCCGGUUUCAUGGAUGGUUUUGGUCGCUGCUUUGAGCGCUGCGAGGUAUUCAGAGCAUGAAACAACGUUAGGAGUCCUUGAAAACCUUGGACGUCGGAUUCCAGGAGCACAAAGAAUGAGCCCGUCAACAGUAAUUGCAGUUGUUGUGUUGGCUGUAGCGACGGUGUUGUGGCUGCUGAUGGGGCACAUACUGCAAUUCACCCUGCGGCAACUGCUGAAAUAUAGGCGUUUCCUGUAUGAGCCAAGGGGGAAAAUAUCCCUCACCACCAAGUGCUGGUGGACGAUGGUGCGGUUGUUCGGGGGACGCACACCACUGUUGUACAGCUACCAGAACUCCAUCCCUUAUAUGCCGGUUCCUAACCUGGACAGCACAAUCGCAAAGUAUCUGGAGUCUGUGGAACCAGUCAUGGACAAAGAUCAGCUUUCAAGAAUGAAGACACUUGCUGCUGAGUUCAAGGCCACAAUUGGAGAGAAGCUUCAGCGUUACCUUGUGCUUAAAUCAUGGUGGUCUUCAAACUGGGUGUCAGACUGGUGGGAGCAGUAUGUGUACCUCAGUUCCAGGGCUCCUCUGCUUAUCAACAGCAACUAUUAUGGUGUGGAUAGUAUUAAUCACCCUACUAAGCUCCAGAGUGCUAGAGCAGCCAACAUGAUCUUCGCCCUGAUCUAUUACCGUAAGCAGAUUAUGAAAGAGCGCCUUGAACCGCAAUUUGCCAUGGGCAUUGUUCCCUUGUGCUCUGAGCAAUUUAGAAGAACAUUCAACACGACACGUAUCCCUGGCAAAGAACAAGACAAAAUUGAGCACCAUAGGAGCUCAUCCCAUGUGGCGAUAUAUCACCGCGGGAGAUUCUACAAAUUGGAAUUGUAUUUCAGAGGGACUUUGCUCAAGCCAGCAGAUCUUGAAUGUCAAAUUGAGAAGAUUCUUGAGGACAAAUCGGAGCCUGUCCAGGGAGAAGAGCUUUUGCCGGCAUUAACUACUGCAAACAGGACAACGUGGGCUGAUACCCGCAGCAAAUACUUUGGACAAGGUGUCAACAAAGCCUCCCUUGAAGCUAUAGAGAGGGCUGCAUUUUUUAUGUGUCUGGAUGAAAAAGAGAUGGAUUACCAAGGGGAAUCUUCAAAAAAUAUUGACAUAUUUGGCAAGGCGGCUUUGACUGGAAAUGGUCAUAACGUCUGGUUUGACAAGUCAUUCUGUAUAACCAUCUACAAAAAUGGCCGGGUUGGUUACAAUGCUGAACACACCUGGGCGGAUGCACCAAUCAUGUCGCAUCUUGGAGAAUGGGUUACAAGCGAUGAUGCCAAAUAUCUUGGAUAUCGAGAAGAUGGCCACUGCAAGGGUGAACUCCAGUUUGAGGUCUUACCACAGCCUACCCGACUGGAAUGGGACAUUCCAGCACCUUGUGUGGAGAUCAUUGAAACCUGUCAAUCAAAAGCAGAAGAAUUAAUCAAUGACCUGGACUUACACAUUUUUGUCAACAACAAGUUUGGUAAAGGAAUUAUGAAAAAAUGCAAGACCAGUCCUGAUGCCUUCAUUCAAAUGGCUCUACAACUGGCAUACUACAAGGACCAAGGCCGUGUGGAUCUUACUUACGAAUCGUCCAUGACCAGGCUCUUCAGGGAAGGGCGUACUGAGACUGUACGGCCCUGCACUAACGAGUCGACGCGGUUCGUCUAUGGCAUGGUCAAUCCAGAGCUAUCAAAAAAACAGCGGAGAGAGCUUUUCCAGAAGGCGGUACAACGCCAUGUUGAUGGGUUUAGACAGUGCAUGGCAGGACAAGGGAUUGACCGUCACCUCUUCUGCUUGUAUGUCGUCACUCGUUAUCUAGAGGUGGAUUCUCCCUUUUUAAAAGAGGCUCUCAGCUCUCCUUGGAGACUAUCCACAAGUCAGACGUCCAUUCAGCAGACCAAGAAGUUGGACUUGACCAAAAAUCCAGAGCUGAUUACUGCUGGUGGAGGCUUCGGACCGGUCGCUGAUGAUGGCUAUGGUGUCUCGUAUAUCAUCGCGGGCGAGGAUCAGCUUUUCUUCCACAUUACGUGCAAGCACGCAGCGCCCAACACGGACGCGAAGCGGUUCGGUAGAUGCAUCGACGAGAGCUUGGACGACAUCCGGGACCUUUUUGAAUAAUCAGGUGACCCAAGUGCAGCAACAAUGUGACCCAAGUGCAGCAACAAUGUGACCCAAGUGCAGCAACAAUGUGACCCAAGUGGAGCUGCAAUGCUUCAACUCUCGAACCUCAACCCUGUUGUCUGCUUAGCGGCCGUGUCUUUUUUUCAACCCGGAGCGGCCACUAAGCAGCUAUCGGGGUUUUAAAACGACGUCGGACUGGGAGUGGUGAAAGGCGAUGCAACUGUAUAUUCAUUUGCACGAUCGAUUUUUUUUUUUUAUGUUUUAGCCUCACGCUUUAAUUUUCGGAACAGAGUUCUUAACAAAAUCUCACGUUAUGACACCUAGAAUGUAUUUACGGACUCGUAUCAUGAGAUAUCACGGCCGGGUUUCCUAGAAAGCAGGUUAACGCUAAUCCAGAGAUAAAUAAAGUUGUUAUCCAAUCAAAUGUCUCGAUAACCAUAUUUCUCCGUGGAUAAGCGCUAACCUGCUUUCGAGGAACCGGGCCCAGGUAUCCUUUUCGGAACACUUUUUGUAACAAACAUUGUAACACCCAAAAUGUCUUAUUUGGGUUUAACGUGGCCUGCCGAAGCUUAUCUUUCAAAGUAGGCGAAAAUAAAUGAAAUUCCCAAUUGGCAUAGACCAAGCUCUGGUCUUAGAGUAAUUGGGUAUUUCAGACCAAUGAUCGUAAAAGAGUUGAUGUUAAUAUUAUUCCAGGAACUAAGGGCCUCUGUCUGCCGCCAUUAGUGUGAGGGAGCUGCCAUUUCCAUCGGCUGAUUUGGCGAUGCUAUUGCGAUAUUUGCAAGCGAAAUUAAAACAUAAAAAAACUCUGUUUUUGGAAUGUUCAGGGGCGUAGCCAGAAGGUGGCCAAAAAUACAGUAAAUGUGUGAGACAUUAUCUAAAAUACAGUAGAAAUGCAUUGAUAUUCCCCUCCUGUUAAUAAUCCUGGCUACGCCGCUGUUGUUAUUUCGUAAUUCCUUCAAAUAAUGUGCCUUCCAGUUUAAAAUGAGAGCAAUAACAAAGGUUUGGCUGACAAAGACUCCUAAAGUGCCACGGUGGGUUGCCGCAGAAUGACACGAUGACAUAAUUAUUUUAAUGGUAUUUUAGUAUUUCAUCCUCUUUUUAAAUUUUUUUUACAAAAAAAAUGCUACCUAAGCUUUGUACUAGAUAUCUGCCAACGGAUAUCACCCUAAAACUAGACAGCAGUUGACAAAGUAUUGUCGGGAAUAACCUCGUCUCCAGGCUAUUAUCGGUCAGCUCAUUCGUAUUCAAAAUGGCAGAACCUCUUUGAGCUGCUGGCUACCUCUUCCCCAGGGUCUCCCGGGUAAAUUACCCAGAAGACCCUGGGGACGGGUUUUCAAAAGUUGACGUCAUUUUAAGUGGUCGCGCAGCCGAGGCGCCUGGGGACGAGGCUACUGGUGAUACUCGGCUAAGGCUUGAUGCAGCAUGCAGAACUGGACAACUCAACCAAAAUCUUAUCGCCAGAAGACAAAACAUAUUUUUAAGUCCACAAGUAUUUUUUACGUGGGCUAGGGUGUAAAGAGAGCCAGAGUGAGUGUCGGGUAACUCACGUGACCUUACGCUUUCCUUGAAACCGAUACAACCGUGUUUUUAAUAGUAUUGUUGGGUCUAGAUUGACUGAGUAGGAUGCGCAGUCAUGUAUCAUACGA